CCUCAUCAGCUCACUCAAAUUGCUUCGAAUCCUCCACCACAUGUUUCUCAUCACUCACCUCGUGAUGGAUCUACUAGUUCAUUAGCUAAUGGUGGUGCUACAUCAGCUAGUGGUGGACAAUCAUCUGAUACCACCCCCUUGAUUAAUGGUGGUGAAUCAAAUACUAUCCCAACAUCUGAUAAUCAACAACCUACUAUGGUGCCUUCAAGUGAAGAUUCUAAUGUAGAAGUUGAUAGGAGGCAAAUAAUAUCCGUGGAGGCAGUUUCUAAACCGAAGAGGUUUGCUCAACAAUUUGUGACUCGUGAUAUCAUUUCUGAGGUAAUGUCAAGGAUGCCUUAUGCUGCAGAUUGUUGGAAAAGUUAUUGCCCUGAAAUGAAAGAAAUGUUAUUUAAUGAUUUUAAGGAAAAAUAUCGUUUUGCAUCAGAAUAUGAUCGUGUGAUGGCGAGGGAAGUUUGGGAAAAAACAUGCAUGGAUAGGUAUUCUGAUCAAUUGUGUAAAGACAGGGAUAAAGCAAUAAAAGUAGCAAACUCAAGAAAUUAUGAGGAUUUAAGGGCUCACAAGCCUAGAGGGAUGAAAGCUGAAAUAUGGAAUGGGUUGAUCGACAUUUGGAAGACACCAGAAUGGCAAAAGAAAUCUGUUGCUGGAAGACAAAACAGGGCUGCCCAGCCUGAAGCAAUGGUGCACACAGGAGGGUCAAGAAGCUUCGGGCAACACAAAAAAGCUAUGGAGGCACAAGAGAAUCGUCCUGUUUCUUAUCGUGAAGUGUAUAACAAAGUUCACAAAAAAAAUGAUGGUGAAUUUGUCUCAACUAGGGCAAAGAAAUUUAUUGAAACAUAUGAAGAAUCAAUGACACAAAAAUAUGGAGAAGACACUUCAUCUCAUCCUGUAAUUGAUUCUGAUCUUUGGUUAAAAGUUGCAGGUGAAAACAAGAAGAAAAGAGUCCAUGGCAUGGGACAUAGCUUGGAUCUUGGAACUAGUAGCUCUACCCAAGCUUCAUCUCCAGAGGUUGCAAGUUCCUCUACAAAUCUUACGCCUAUGACAGAAGAACGGGUCACUACAGUUAUAAAUAAGGCAUUGGCUUCUUUCUUGCAAAUGCAAUUACCAGAGAUGAUGAGGCAAAUAAUUCAGGCAGUUCAACCAUCAACAACACCAUCAACCAACCAACAUAGGGAGGAUCAAGGACGAGAUGAUGAUUUUACUAGCUUAGGUUGA